CCUGACGUCUGGACCAAAAUGUUCUGUAUUCUGUCGGAUUCUCAGCUGCUGAUGCUGAACAACCUGGAGGUCCAUCCUCUGCUGCUGGCUGAGAGGGCAGAGUCUGUCACCGUCUGGCUGCUCAGAUACUCACUGCACGUCACCUCAGGACCUCCUCCUGGACACGCCCACAAAGAUGUUCCAGAGAGGGGGGUCCGCCGCCAGAGCAUGCCCAGCGGUUCCACUGAGGACACGCCCACCACCAGGGUGACGGGUUUCCUGUCCCGCCGGUUGAAGCAGUCUCUGAGAAGAACUCGCUCUCAGCCCAAACUGAGUCGUCCAAACAGCCUGAAGAGCGACACCAGGUGUGUGAUGCGGCGGCUGCGCUGCGGUAGCCAGGAGUCGUUGCUAAGCGCCGGCUGUGUGUCAUCUCUGGAGCUCAGGAUGGACCAGUCAGUGAUCAUCAAACCCGUUCACUCGUCCCUGCUGGGACAGGACUACUGCUUCGAGGUGACGACCUCGACAGGAACGAAGUGCUUCUCGUGUCGCUCGGCGGCGGAACGAGACAAAUGGAUGGAAAACCUGCGGCGAGCCGUUCACCCCAACAAGGACAAUAGCCGGCGCCUGGAGAACGUCCUCACUGUUUGGGUCAUCGAGGCCAAGGACCUGCCCGCCAAGAAGAGGUAUUUCUGUGAGCUGUGUCUAGAUGACAGCCUGUACGCUCGGACGUCCUGUAAGCUGAAGACCGAUAACAUCUUCUGGGGCGAACGCUUCGACUUCAGCAGCCUGCCGCCGGUCAGCGCUGUGACGCUGCACCUGUACAAGGACACGGACAGAAAGAGGAAGAAGGACAAGAGCAGCUACGUGGGAUUGGUCAACAUCCCCGUCGGCACGGUGACAGGCCGGCAGCUGGUGGAGAAGUGGCACUCAGUGAGCACACCGAGCACAAUCCGCGGGAAGUCAGCGGUGCCCACGGUGCGGGUGAAGGCGCGCUACCAGAGCAUCGUCAUCCUGCCCAUGGAGCAGUACAAGGAGUUCGCUGAGUACAUUAGCUCCAACUACCUGCUGCUCUGCAGUACGCUGGAGGCCGCCAUCAGUCUCCGAGCCAAGGAGGAGCUCGCCGCUGCGCUCGUCCACAUCCUGCACAGCACCGGCAAAGCAAAGGACUUCCUAACGGACCUGAUGAUGUCAGAGGUGGACCGUUGCCGUGACAACGACCAGCUGAUCUUCAGAGAGAACACACUCGCUACGAAGAGCAUCGAAGAAUACCUGAAGCUGAUUGGACAGAAAUACUUGCAGGACGCCCUGGGAGAGUUCAUCAAGGCUCUCUAUGAGUCUGAUGAGAACUGUGAGGUGGACCCGUCUCGCUGUGCGACCUCUGACCUCUCGGAGCAUCAAGCCAACCUGAGAAUGUGCUGCGAGCUUGCCUUCUGCAAGAUCCUUGACUCCUAUAGGGUGUUCCCUCGGGAGUUGAAGGAGGUGUUUGCAUCAUGGCGACAGGAGUGCAGUAACCGGGGGCGACCUGACAUCAGCGAGCGCCUCAUCAGCGCCUCACUGUUCCUGCGCUUCCUGUGUCCCGCCGUGAUGUCACCGUCACUGUUCGACCUGAUGCAGGAGUUCCCCGACGAGCGUUCGGCGAGAACGCUGACGCUCAUCGCCAAGGUCAUCCAGACCCUCGCCAACUUCAGCAAGUUUGGGACUAAGGAGGAGUACAUGCUGUUCAUGAAUGACUUUGUGGAGCGUCAGUGGAGCAGCAUGCAGCGUUUCCUUCAGGAGAUUUCAAACCCUGACGGGCUGAACCAUACCGCCGGCUUCGACGGGUACAUCGACCUCGGCAGAGAGCUGUCCAGCCUGCACACCCUGCUGACCGAGCUCGACCAGUCCUGCCUGGUGAAGCUCAGUCCCCUCCCUCGGAUCCUCAGGGACGUGUCUGCGGCGCUGGCUAACCCGGGGGGCGUGGCCAGCUGUGGGGGCGUGGCCGUGUCGUCGCCGGAGCCUCAGCGGGUGGUGUCCCCACCCCCCAUGUCUCCGCCCCCUCUGUCCCCGCCCCUGUCACCUCCCCUGGCGGCCUGUAAUCCGUCCAUCGGCCUGCAAGGCGGCGUCGGGUUGGACGGAGGUUUGGUAGAUUUCACACGGCUGCCGUCUCCGACCCCCGAGAACAAAGACCUGUUCUUCGUCACAAAGGGCUCCAGCCUGCAGCCCGCCUCAGGCCUGCAGGGCUCGCCGGCACCAAGCUCCUCGUACUCGGAGCCGGCGGAGGAGGCGGGGUUCGACCUGACCAACGGGGGCCGGAGGGAGGGGCCCGACCUGACCAAUGAGAGCCGCAGCCUGUCUCUGGUGGACCUGCAGGACUCCGCCCCCGGCGAGGGGCUCGACGACAGCCAGUGGCAGCGCCGCACGGGGCUUCUCCCCCUCUCCUUCCAGAACCCUGUGUACCACAUGACCGCCACCUCACCGCGACAGCAGGACGCCACGCCCUCCGAUGGCUCCGCCGGCUCGCAGAACGCUGACGACCGGAACGCCACAGCGACCAAACCAGCGUUCCUCACCCAGAUGUCUGUGGGGCUGGGAGGGGUGGAGCGGGGGGGCGGGAUGUCCGCCAUGUCCAGCAGCAGCAGUGGCGAGGAGUACUCGAGACGGGCGCUGUCCGACACACUCACAGGUAGCUCAGCCCCCCCUCGUCAGAGCUCUGGUCCUCAGAGACGCAUCGAUCAGCCUCCUCCCCCAUCCUCGGCUCCUCCGGGACCUCCUCGGGGUCGGACACCUCCCAGCAUGCUCAGUGGCGGCGGCAGCUCUGCCUACCCACCCCGCCCCGCCUCCGGCAGCAUGAUGUCAUCGAGUCCUGAUUGGCCAAGCAGCGGACAGUCCCGCCUCAGACAGACGUCGUCCUCGUCUAAAGGAGACAGCCCCGAGAAGCAGCGGCCCGCCGCCAAGGCUCCCUCCCCCUGUGCAUUGGACCGGACCGCCGCCUGGCUGCUCAACAUGAACUCCGCCUCCUCCUACGGUGAGACGGACGACGGCCACGACGACGCGAUGAUAGAGAAGUACCAGCAGGAGAUUGCGUUGCUGCAGGAGAAGUUGCGUGUUGCGGCGCUGCGCCAGGACGAGUGCGAGGCCAGGCUGCUGGUCCAGGAUCAGCAGAACCAGCGCAUGUUGCAGGAGUACCAGGUGCGGUUGGAGGACACAGAGAGCAGACUGAGGAGGCUGCAGGACGAUAAAGACCUCCAGAUGAACAGCAUCAUCAGCAGGUUGAUGGCGGUGGAGGAGGAGCUGAAGAAGGAUCACUCGGACAUGCAGGCUGUGGUCGACUCCAAACAGAAGAUCAUAGAGGCACAGGAAAAGAGGAUAUCUAGUCUUGACGCGGCAAACAGUCGUCUGAUGGCAGCGCUGACUCAGCUGAAGGAGCGUUACGCAGUGACAUCACAAAGGAACGGCCUGUCUCCUAGCAACACGUCCUCUCUGCAGAUCACUGAGAACGGAGAGUUUCGGAACUCCGGCAACUGCUGAGCUCUGAUUGGUUCUGACUGGAGACGGGGGCGGGGCUGAAAUGAUAACCACACCCCUUUAUAAACCAAUCGAUCACAGACCUGUCAAUCAACCUCCAGCCUGGCUCCGCCCCUGUUGCUAGGUUACCCCUCAGUUCUUGUUUUUGUUUUGCAUGUUUCAAGUCCGACAUCAUAUCCUGUUUCCUUUUGCUACUUCCUGUUGAGAGAACUGCACGUCUUUAUGAGCUCAACCCCACCUGUAUAUGUCUCUGGUCUGACUGGAGUAACCCCACCUGUACAUGUCUCUGGUCUGACUGGAGUAACCCCACCUGUACAUGGCUCUGGUCUGAAGGAGUUUCCCCACCUGUACAUGGCUCAGGUCUGACUGGAGUAACUCCACCUGUACAUGGCUCUGGUCUGAAGGAGUAACCCCAACUGUACAUUGCUCUGAUGUUUAUUUGAAAGUUAAACUUUAUUUAAAGAGACAGUCGACAGUUUGAAUAUAUUUGUAAUUUUUAGGCUCUUUAUGUUGAGAUUCUGUCUUAAAGCAACAGUGUGACAUCUUUGUCUUGGUCCUGGUACCCAGAGGUCCAGAUUAGCCUAGCUUAGCACAAAGACAGAGAGGGGGAAACUGUUAGCCUAGCAAGUUGUGUUUGCCGCUCUGGGCUUCUGUAGUUCAGAGAGUUUGACGUUAGUUUGUGUUUCAGAGAAUUUACUGAUUUUAAUGUAAAAAUCAGAUUUUAUUGUAAAACAGAAAAAAGUUUAAAUUGUGAUGAAUCGUUUGUGAACACACUCGUCUGCUGCCCUCAACUGUACUGGACUCUGCUGAACUCCACUGGACUCUGACUCUACUGAACUCUCCUGGACUCUAACUGACUCUACAGAACUCUAUCAAACUUUACUGAACUCUAGUGGACUCUGCUGGACUCUACCGAACUUUACUGGACUCUGCUGGACCCGACUGGACUCCACGGGAUUCUACUGAAGUCUACUGGACUCUCCUGGACUCUGCUGUGUUCACUGUGGCUUUUGUCUCUGUUGUUAUUUAUCAUCAAUAUUUAUAAAGAUAAUAAACUGUCACAAGUCUG